GUGGGAGAUCCCAGCAAGAUCCAUCAAAGUUGGGAUUGCUUGUAUCCAAGGCAAGAUGCUGCAGGUUUGGUUUGGGGUGGUGCACUUUGUCCUGGCGCUUACUCUGCUGCGGUGGCACAUCGGCACUGCUGUCCUCGCUGAGGCAGCUCCACAGCCCUUUGACUCUUCCAUAGUAGUAGGCAUGGAAGCACAUUCCACAUCCAGCGAAGAGAAGUCAGCCACUGACCUGGCCGCUAAACUGCUGCUUCUUGAUGAGCUAGUGUCUCUUGAAAAUGACGUGAUUGAGACCAAGAAGAAAAGAAGUUUCCCCGGAUUUGGGUCUCCUCUCGACAGGCUUUCGGCUAGCUCGGUAGAUCUGAAAGGCAAGCAGAGGAAGGUGGUGGAGUUGCCCAAGCGACGAUUUGGAAUUCCUCUAGACCGAAUCGGAACGAACCGUCUCGCCAGCACCAGGGGUUAGCAGAUGGUGCAAGUGCAUCUAUGCUGGAUGAUUGAUGCUGUAUCGGGAAUGUCACAGAGCUAUGGAAGAUGCUUCCGAGAGUGUCUUGUCAUUGAUUAAUGAUUCAACAUUUAAGGAAUUGACCUGCUGCAAAAUCGAUUUCACAUUGCAUUUUACAAACAAUAACAGAUUCCAUCCAUCAGAUCAGAACAUUCUCACCGCGAUGUUUUGGUCUGACAAUAAAAGGGAACAGAAAAUGAGUGUAUAUAAUUUCACUGCAUGAACAUUUUUUUUUUAAACUCAUAAGUUUCUAAUCCUAGCAAGGACUAUUAGAAUUUUUGAAGAAAAAUAAAACUUUUAGAGAUGCCAACAGCACUCUAUGGAAGGCAGAAUUGCUUUGUAAAUUUCACUCAAGAGGGUUGGUUAUUCGUUUCAUAUGGCUAAGAGAAAGAUUUACUGGUUAAGGGGACAAAUCCUGCUUUUAUUCAGUCCUUAUUCAGACAAAACUUUUACUGAUGUCAGCAGGAGUUUACUGAAUAAAACCUGUGUAAAUACCUUAGGAUUUAGCCUGAUACUUGUAACAAUCUUUGCCUUACCUCUGUUGUAUCUAUGUCAUGAAUCUUUUCAUCUGACAGACACUGAAACUUGCUGAGGCUGUUACUUCCCUCACACCUCUGAGCUGAUUAGUUCCUUUCACUCCUUCUUGUACAUACGUGGGAUGAACUGGAGGUGCCCUCCAAGUAGGAGGUGACACGGCCCCCUGAGCCAUCUUCAUAGAGCACCUGGCUUUAGCUUCCUGAAGUGUUUAGGGCAAGGAGAUUCCACCCCCUCUUCCUUCUCUCACCCUGCAAAACAUUAUCGGGAACAGAGAUGUGACUCAAUCCCAGUGUUUGGAUUUGCAUCCAGAUCUGAUUUUUCCUGAAGCUGAGGGUAUUCAGUGCUGGAAUUUGGGUCCAGCCCAUUACAAAGAAAGGGGAGCCACCUGGAUAGCUCAGACCAGGAUCCAAACUCCAAGGGUGAUUUGUACCAAUCUGUCAUCAGGAAUAAUCAUCCAGGAAAGGAACUAUGUCAGGAUGGGACCACAGGAGGCUGGGCCAUACCAGGGUCUUUCUCUUAGGUGUGACUGAAGCAAGGCAGCAAGCAGCAAUGUGCCACAAAACCCAGUUUUAGGCAGGUGGGCUGUGGCCUAUGUGGAGUAGUGAAUUAAGCAUCCACCUUCUGAUCUCAUGUACUAUGCAGAGGAGGGAGACAGGCUACCAGUGGAAAGUUGGCUGAGUAGGGAGGAAUCCGGCCAACUCCUCAAGAGGAACUAAUGUUUACUGACAGUUCCUACCCUCCCUCCGCUCCCCGUGACUGGAACUGGAGCUGGUUGAAAACAAGGAAUUUUCACAAAAAUCUUUAUUUUUGUCAACAUUUCUAGUUUAGAAAACUUCUCGAUUCUUACAAAGCUGUGGCCUCAUAGGAUUUCAGAGCUGUAGCCUGUCACAAAUCUGUACUCCAAGGCACUUUGACCUUCACAGCUCCAUAGCUCUACUGUUUGUUGUAUCUGCCUUUGAAUGGAUCGUGGGAUGGCACGCACCAAUUUUCUCUGUCAGAUAGGAAAAGAUGGGUUUGGUUGUCAGUUCUCUGCCUUUUUUAAAAUAUAUAUAUAUAUAGCGAUUAUCUUUUAACCACUAAUGUUGUAGCAUAGUCACAAACGAUCGCAGCCCCAGACUGAAAUCUGCAAUGUUACAGAAAGAAAGAGACAUGACGAGUCGCCUCAUUCAUUUACUCCCUUUUUUCUGGGGUCUGCUGAAAUUGAUGUUGAAUUCUGCUUAUUUCUUUAAACGUGCAGUCUGAGCGGGUUACACUCCUGGGGAGGCUCAGACUGGAGAGAUCCAGAGCUAAUGCAUUAUGUUGGGAAUGCUAAAACUACGUUACAAUAAAAUGUACUGUGUAACUAUUGGCCAGCGUUAGCCCUUUUCUCUGUUCUAACCACAGAUAAUUGUUGCAGUCUGCAGGCAUGUACAGAAAUAUCUCCACUGUGGAGGAGAACAUUAAACAUGGGGAAGGAGUGUUCUUUGUUGGUAAUAGCAUGAAACUGGGGGUCAGGACUCCUGGGUUCUAUUCCAAACUGCCACUGGAUUGCUUGUUUUACUGGGGCCAAAUCACGUAGCCUCUCUUUGUCUCAGUUCAUCCACCAAUGCCUAACUCGAAAGGGUGUUCUGAGGCUUAAAUUUGUUUGCAAAGCACUUUUUAAAUCCAUGGAUGAAAAGUCCUAUUUAAAUAGGAAGCAUUAGGAGGCCUAUGAAAGAUCUGUGUUAAAACUGGAGAGAAAAGAGUAAGACCGGGCACCACUGCGGUUCUCACAGACAAAUCACACUGGCCAAGGUCUUUGUAUGUAGCAUGGAGGUUAGCAAACAUGAGGUGAUGAUACUGUGACAUGUACUGUGUAGCAACUUUACCUGUUUUCCUCUGUUCCGAAAACCAUUCAGAUGCCUUUGGGGGGUGUCUGCUAAUAAAUC